CAUGUCUCUCAUGCAAAUCUCGCCCGCUGCCUAACCUCCGCCUUUUAUUGCCAGCCGGAGCCAUCCCGCCGCUAGGUUUCCUCCAUCUUCCGCCGCCCGCCUCUAGGUUUCCGGCGUCCUCCGCCACCGGACUUUAGGUCCGGCGUGGGGAUAUCCGGCUGCUUUAAAGGCGAGCUAGAGUUCUUCUCCUCUAUUUCAGUCUUCUCCUGCCUCGUUUGGGGGGGUAGCCGGGGCUCCGGCCUCGGCGGCUUUCAAAGCCCCCUUCUUCAAAUCUGAGAGAAAUCUAGCCUUUUCUUUUUCUUCCAUUUUUUUUGCGAUCGGGAAGAGAUGCCGGCCCUGGCCUGCGUAGGCGCUGCAGUCCCCCCUCCUGGCUACGCCCUCGCCUGGGAUGGCUCUCUUCCCGCGCCGGGAACAUUUCCCGGCGGUGCUCCGACGGCGGUGGCCCUCGAACACGUGUCCCCCUGGUCGCCCGACCUCUCUGCCGCCCUUUACAAGAUCGACAGCUGGGGCGCCCCGUACUUCUCCGUCAACGCCGCCGGCAACAUCGCUGUCCGCCCCUACGGCGCUGCAACCCUCCCCCACCAGGAGAUUGAUCUGAUGAAGGUCGUCUGGAAGGCUUCUGACUCCAAAUCGGCCGGCGGCCUCGGCCUCCAGCUCCCCCUCAUUGUCCGCUUCCCCAACGUUCUCCGCCACCGCCUCGAGUCCCUCCACUCCGCCUUCGACUUCGCCAUCCGCUCUACCGGCUACGGCGCUCACUACCAGGGCGUCUACCCGGUCAAGUGCAACCAGGACCGCUUCAUCGUCGAGGACGUCGUCGAGUUCGGCGCCCCCUUCCGCUUCGGUCUCGAGGCCGGUUCGAAGCCGGAGCUCCUCCUCGCCAUGAGCUGCCUCGCGAGAGGCAGCCCCGAUGCCCUCCUCAUCUGCAACGGCUACAAGGACCAGGAGUACGUCGCGCUGGCCCUCCUCGCGCGGACUCUGGAUCUGAACGCGGUGAUUGUUCUUGAGCAGGAGGAGGAGCUCGACACGGUGGUGGAGACCAGCCGGAGGCUCGGCGUCCGGCCGGUGAUCGGCCUUCGGGCGAAGCUACGGACCCGGCACUCCGGCCACUUUGGGUCGACCUCCGGCGAGAAGGGCAAGUUCGGUCUGACGACGGCUCAGAUCCUCUCGGUGGCCCGGAAGCUCCAGCGGCUCGGGAUGCUCGACUGCCUCCAGCUCCUCCACUUUCACAUCGGCUCGCAGAUCCCGUCCACCGCCCUCCUGGCGGACGGCGUCGGCGAGGCCGCCCAGAUCUACUGCGAGCUGGCGCGUCUGGGUGCGGCGAUGCGCGUGAUCGACGUGGGGGGCGGCCUUGGCAUCGACUACGAUGGCUCCCAUUCCAGCGUGUCGGACAUGUCCGUCGGAUACGGCCUCGACGAGUACGCGGAGGCCGUGGUCCGGGCGGUCCAGCACGCUUGCGACCGGAAGGGCGUGCCGCACCCCAUACUCUGCAGCGAGAGCGGCCGGGCCUUGGUGUCCCACCACUCGGUCCUCAUCUUCGAGGCCGUGUCAUCCACCGCCGUCGCCGCGGUGGAUCCGGCCACCGCCCUGGGGUCCGGCCUGACGUACUCCCUGGAGGACCUGCCUGAUGACAUGCAAGGCGACUACCGGAAUCUGAUGGAGGCCACAUUUCAGUUUGAUUGCGAGAAGUGCCUGAUUUACAUGGACCAGCUGAAGAGGAAAUGUGUCGAGCUGUUCAAGGACGGGCUGCUCGGACUCGAGCACCUGGCGGCUGUCGACGGGCUCUGUGAACUGGUGGCGAAGGAGAUCGGGUUGGCUAAUCCAGUGAAGACGUACCAUGUGAAUCUCUCUCUCUUCACCUCGAUUCCGGAUUUCUGGGCGAUCGGGCAGCUGUUCCCGAUCGUUCCAAUCCACCGGCUCGAGCAGCGACCGGUGGUGGAGGGGGUGCUGUCUGACCUGACGUGCGACAGCGAUGGCAAGGUGGACCGAUUCAUCGGCGGGCGGCCGAGCCUCCCGCUGCACGAGUUCGGCGGCGGUGGCAAGGAGGGGGGUUACUAUCUGGGGAUGUUUCUGGGAGGGGCUUACCAGGAGGCGCUCGGUGGACUGCACAACCUGUUCGGGGGGCCGAGCGUCGUGCGGGUGACGCAGAGCGACGGGCCGCACUGCUUCGCGGUGACGCAAGCGGUGCCAGGGCCGUCGUGCGCGGACGUCCUGCGAGCGAUGCAGCACGAGCCCGAGCUCAUGUUCGAGGCACUCAAGAGGCGGGCGGAGGAGUCCGCCACUCGCGGAGGGGUGGUGAACGCCGGCGCCGUGGCCACUGCCCUUGCUUGCGCCUUCCGCUCCAUGCCGUACCUCGUCGUCGGUGGCGAGGCCGGCGGGGACGGGAUGAGCUCCGACUCGGAGGGAUCCGCCGGCGGGACGGAGGCCGGCGAUGGCGGUAGCUACGAGGUGGAGGACGAGGAGUGGGAGUUUAUGCGGUGCCUGAGCGUGUGAAGGUAACCACCGCACUGCCUCUUGAAGUUGUGGGUUUGUCGUGCGCCGGAGUGCUUCGCAAAUUUUCUUUUUUUUUUAAUUUCUCUUUUAUUUUAUUUUAUUUUAAUCUGCUAUAUUCCAUCUUUAGCUGAUGGACAUGUUGUAAGAGGCAGGACGUCUCCUCUUGUUGUCGCUGUUUUUCUAAAAUUUGCUUCAAAUUAGAGGGACUUGGUCGAAUUGGGUCUGUACCUUCAGGGUCGGGAAUCCAGAAUAAUGUUCCUUGCUUUCAAAA